AUUUGAGUGGCGACAGGAACUGAAACGUAACGUCCGCAAACACACACGGACAUAUUGCAAAGUAACACCAAUCAUAUUUACAGCAUGGCGGUCUGUAUCAGGCACGUUGUGAAAGUUGUAACUGGGAGCCAUAGAUGUCUUCUGGCCAACACUGGUCAUUCUUUGACAAGUCUUUCAAAGCCGGGACCCGGGCAUCUUGCUGCCAGGACGUUUGCUGCAAGGACAGCAAAAAAAGAAACUGUACCAAAAAAUGUGAAGCGUGGAAAAGUAGAAAAGCAGGAAACUGUGGAGAAAGUAGAGAGAAAAAUAGACAACACAAAUCGGCAUAAACCAUAUGGUCUCACCGCUUGGGAACCAGUGGAUGACGUGUACUUAGUGAGAUACUACCCCAGGCCGGUCUAUGAGGUUGGCGUGGCCAUCGACAAGCUGAAACAGUUCCAGCAGCUGGAUUUCACAAGCCUCCAACAGAGUGUUUUCAUGGACCUGAAGCUUGACAUGAAGCUGGAGAAGAAGAAAAAAGUGGAUGCUUUUGUUAGUACAGUUCAGCUGCCAUAUGCAGUAAAUUCAGAUGAUAACAAGGUUGUCGUCUUCACAGAGGAUCCCAGGGAAGCCGAGGUGGCCAGAGCGAAUGGAGCAGCGUUUGUAGGUGGAGUGGAGCUUGUCGAAGAUAUUUUGGAAGACAAAAUAUCGGGCGACUUUUAUGUGGCUGUACCAGAAAUCGUCAGUCGGUUGCUGCCUUUGAAGAAUAAACUGCGGAAGAAGUUUCCCAAGACCAAGAGAGGAAGUGUUGGAUCAGACAUUCCCAAAAUGCUUGAGAUCUUUAAGAAGGGCCAGGAGUACAUGGUGCAGGGGGAAUGUUAUGUCCGGAUGAGAAUUGCAACGCUCGACAUGCCGAAGGAGCAGAUCAUGGCUAACAUUGAAACCAUCAUCAAGGACGUGUGCUCCCACAAACCAGCGAGCUUCGGGCCUUUCAUUGAGAGGGCUUUGCUAACGAGCAGCACAAGCGAGGCGCUGCUCUUUGACAGCGGACCCUUCAUCCCGAAGCCGACGGAAGACGAGGCUGCAGAAGCCAGGGCUUAAUGUGUCGGCUGCAGUGUGAAGACACUGCAGUAGAAUGUGUGUGACUCCCUUGUGAGGCCCUGCGUUUGUCCUGUUUGUUUUGAAUGAUACACGGAGGCUUGGAAAAAGGCAGUGAACAACUUAACCUUGUUGGUUGCAUCAUGUGACCUGAUGUGGCCCCGGACGUUGGAUGACAAGUUCAUUUUGGUAUGUAAAUCAGCAGGCUUCUUGCACCCUCUAGAGGACUCCUGAGUACCAUUUGCAUAUUUAUGUAAAAAUUCUGGUUUUCACAUUCACUAAUAAAAUGUAUGCUUACUUCACAUCAAGUA